AUGGAGGUGGAGGAGGAGGAAAGACGCUCUCCACACAAUCAUGUGAAUCGGUGUGUUCCCGAGAGCUUCUUUGAUCGCGUAACGCAAGGGUUACGCGACGAUCUCGAACAUGAGCGGGACAGGCGUCUCCAAAUGGCGGACACUGUCUUGAAGCAUCGAGCUGAGUUUGCCUUUGCUCAGCUUGAGAACGAGAGAUCUCUGACAUCUCUCCGUGACGAUCUAAGCGUAGCUCGUGGGAUUGUUGAUCGGUCUCGGGAUGAGAUAGCUGCUCUUCAUACCCUUGUUGAUGCCCACCAUCGGGAGCACAAGGCUCUCUGCGAGAUGCUUGAGCGCAAGGGCGUUCUUCAUCGGAAGAAGCAGCGUACUGAUGGUACGGCUUAA